UAGAGAUUUGUCCUUGGUAAAGACCAGUGUACACUGGUAAAGCUUUCACUAGUAACCUAUAGACAAACCGUUGCUACGAGGUCUGCAGGGCACCAGUCAGUUUUGCAGGGCAGAAACCCUUUUCACCCCCCAAAACUAUUGGCCAAGUUACGCCCCUGACCACACCACCGAUGCUGAGUAGCUUGCUUACAGGAGCAAAACAUGCCUUGAGCACACGUACACCUUUAAACCGCAUUUCUAUGUUUUCACUACGUCAUCCGUUAACAUUUCUUUACAUUUUUUUGCUUCCGUCUCGACCCAGAUCGACCCAGAUCCCUUCGAACUAGCAUUUGUAUGCCAGAUUUCUGCGGCUUUGCGGUAUGUGUUAAAAGAGAUGGCAAAUAACAUAAUGCAGCUCAAAGUUGACGUUUAAAGACUUUUUGGUUCCUUUAUUAGGACUUAAUUAAACAUUUUUAAUUAUGAAAAGACAUGCCAUAUGACCCAAAGGCGAAUCGUUAUUGUUCUAAAGCAUUUAUUUCUCCUCAUUAAGUAGGUAAUUUUGAAGCCCAUUUGACGCCUACAUCAACAGACAAUGGGACUUGCUUGGAAUUGCAUUGUAAUUUUCAAUACUUCGUUGUUGAUUUCGUGUAUCGUCGAACGCAAAUAUAUUGGAUAAACAAGGAAGUACGGUAUUUCAUGUACGAUUUGAAAGUAGAUGAUACGAUAAAGGAUAAAUAAUAUGGUCUAUGUCGGGUAUUAGUUCUCUGGAUCAUAUAUGAAUCAGCAGCGAUUGUUGCGAGACUAUUGGUGGCUUGUUUGGUGUCAUUAAAACUUUUAUAGUCUGCUAAGGAAUCGGCGUUAAAAGUGUUGUUAAAUUUUUAUUAUUCUCGAGAUAUUCGUAAAAAUCGGCGAACAAAAUCUUGGAAUACUCAAUGACAGCAUGCGCUUUAAAGACUUGACGUCCGUUCUGUAGAUUCGAGUCAAAGUCAAGACAGUUGAAAAAGGAUAGAACUGCGAGGUUCUAGCUUCAGAAAGAAGCAAGUUGCAUAUCUGUAGAUAAAUCAUCCUCAAAAUGCAGUGCUGGUUUAUCUAUCUUUUGGUUAUUUCACUAAUUGGGAAGAACUCUAGUGCCCAGAUCGUCACUCGAUACAUAGGGACAGUUUCCGGUGUACCGGUCACGGAUAGGUUUCCGAACCCGGAUGCUACAUGUGCUAGGAAUGGUUGCGCCCAGGCAAACGGAUACAAAGAGUGCCUUGAUUGUUGCUAUUGUCGCUGCAAUGAUGGUUCCUACUGGUCAGCUGCAAAGACAUGCAUGGACGAUGAUACAAUUGCAAAAGAUUGUGAGCUGGUACUUGGAGCCAAUGCGUACAAAGGCUACGUAGUUGCUACGUCAUCAGAAAAACUGGGAAAUGGAGAGACGAUUGCCUAUUGUUUAAACAGUUGGGACCAGUGUACGACAAAAGUAGAUAAAUGCGUUGUAAAUAGAGAAAGAACGUUUUAUGAAAGUAAUGGAUGGAAGAUAUUGUGGCCUAAUUCUUCAGAUGUUGAUUUUAAAAUUGAGAGAAAGCCGGGCUCCAGUAAUAUUCUGUUGUGGAAAAAGGAGAACUGCGCAGCGUCAAAAUACGAUGGGUUGCUGGUGUCACUUGGGAUCACUUGCAUUGCCAGUGGGAGAAGUGUCCAAUCUUGUCUUGCGUUGAAGGUGUCAGGGAGCUAUCAAAUUGAAAGUAAACCACUGUUACGAACAAACUGUUCUAAACCAACAACAACAGAGGUAACACAAACAACAUCAAGUACAAAAAAGGUAUCAACAACACCUAAUGCAACGACACUACAAGAAACAACAACAGCAGCAACUACAACAACAGCAAAGCCUUCAACCAAAGAAGAAUUAACAACAAAAGAAACGUCAGGCAGACCUACCUCAAAUUUAAUGACGUCAUCCACCCGGAGGCCUUUAACUUGGACGAAAUUUUCCACAGAGAGAGUAAAGCCAAACGUCACCUUAUCUUCUCGUACGAUUCGCAAUAAUUCAUUAACACCGGCAAAUACUAAAGCUACUCUAAUUUCUACAACACCACCAAAUGGUUUUAGAGAAGAAAGAAAAUCAGAUACAAACCCGAAGAAUGUCGUCAUCGCAGCCGCUAGCCUUUCAUCUGCUGCGCUUUUAUUGAUCGUUUUUGUGGCUGUUGCUGUUUGCAGUUUCAUGAAACGAAGAAGAAACUCUGCUGCUGGUCACAAGAAGUUCACCAGUCAAAAUGAACUGGUUAUAUCAGACCCUCUUCCACUGAGUACCUCAACAGCUGUUUUAGAAGAUGGAUCAAAUGAUGACAAUAAUUCUAGAUUUUGGACAAUCAAUGGAGAUGGAGAGUUUACUGUUGCCAGGAGACCUCCAUUGUAUUCGCUUCGCUUGAAGCGUGAGGCUCGUAGCCUCGACGAAGGCGUUUAUGACGAGCCAAUCACAGACAGGAAGAAUUCUUGUAAUAAAUUAUAUGCUGUCGUCAAUAAAAAGAACAGACAAGAAAAGACUAGUGGUGACCUUGGUGACAUCAUAGAAAGAGUUCCUGACCCACAGCCUUCUUUGCCUUCCGAUGCCGCACAUCGUGAUGGAGCAAGUACUCAACUGCCGAAUCGCAAUGAACCCAUUUAUGAUGAACCAGACAUUGUAGUCAGUAAUCCAGCUGUCUCAGAACAAAGUAACUCACAUUCGAACGAGCCAAUCUACAUGCUAUACGAGCCGUUCCCUGACAACCAUGACACACCAUAG